CAGGCAGAUCAUACAUGCUCAUCACAACCACCUUCAUAUUUCCCUUUUCCUCUGACCAACAUUUUCUCCAGCUCCUCGUCACAAAUACAGAUCUCUCCACACACACACACGCGCGUAAUUUGUUUCUAGCUCGUCAUGGAGUCCUCACGGGGCCCUCCGAGGGUCAAGAAUAAGGCCGCCGCGCCUAUUCAAAUCUCCGCCGAACAGCUGCUUCGAGAAGCAGUCGACAGACAGGAGACGUCCCUACAAGCGCCGACCCAGCGCUUUGGCGACCUAGAAGAGCUUCAUGAAUUUCAAGGCCGGAAACGGAGGGAGUUCGAAGACUAUGUCCGCCGAAAUAGGAUUAACAUGAACAAUUGGAUGCGCUAUGCUGCAUGGGAGCUUGAGCAGAAAGAGUUUAAGCGGGCGCGAUCCAUUUUCGAACGAGCUUUGGACGUCGAUUCGACAUCUGUUGUGCUAUGGAUUCGAUAUAUCGAGGCCGAGAUGAAGAAUAGGAAUAUUAAUCAUGCGAGAAAUCUCCUUGACCGUGCCGUCACCAUCCUGCCCAGAGUCGACAAAUUAUGGUAUAAAUAUGUCUACAUGGAGGAGAUGCUGGGUAAUAUCCCCGGAACGCGACAAGUCUUCGAGAGGUGGAUGUCAUGGGAACCGGACGAGGCAGCAUGGAGUGCCUACAUCAAAAUGGAGAAGCGGUAUGGUGAAUUUCAGCGGGCUCGUGAUAUCUUCGAACGCUUCACAAUCGUACACCCGGAGCCACGCAAUUGGAUUAAAUGGGCUAAAUUCGAAGAGGAAUAUGGGACUAGCGAUUUGGUCAGGGAGGUUUUUGGUUCCGCGGUCGAAGCCUUAGGAGAUGAAUUCGUCGACGAGAGACUCUUCAUCGCCUACGCUAGAUUUGAGGCCAAACUCAAAGAGUAUGAGCGGGCCAGGGCUAUUUACAAGUAUGCCCUAGAUCGCCUUCCUCGAUCAAAAUCUAUGGGGUUGCAUAAGGCUUACACCACUUUCGAGAAACAAUAUGGCGACCGAGACGGCGUCGAGGACGUUAUCCUAUCAAAACGGAGGCGGCUUUACGAAGAUCAGAUCAAAGAGAACCCGAAGAAUUAUGAUAUAUGGUUCGAUUACGCACGAUUAGAGGAGACUUCGGGCAGCCUAGAUCGAGUGAGGGAUGUGUACGAGCGAGCUGUGGCUCAAAUCCCGCCGACACAGGAGAAAAGGCAUUGGCGCCGAUACAUCUACUUGUGGAUCUUCUACGCAAUCUGGGAGGAGAUGGAGGCCAAGGACAUUGACAGAGCACGCCAAAUUUACAAACUAUGCCUCGACCUAAUCCCCCACAAGAAAUUCACCUUUGCUAAGGUCUGGCUACUAAGAGCACAGUUUGAGAUAAGACAGGGCGAAUUAACGACUGCGCGAAAGACUCUCGGACAAGCGAUUGGUAUGUGCCCGAAAGACAAAUUGUUCAAGGGCUAUAUCGAGCUUGAACUGAAAUUGUUCGAAUUCGUGCGAUGCCGAACACUCUACGAAAAGCAUAUAGAGUGGAACCCAGCCAACUGUCAAACAUGGAUCAAAUUCGCCGAGCUCGAAAGAGGAUUAGAUGAUCUUGACAGGACGAGAGCCAUUUUCGAACUUGCCAUUAAUCAACAAGUUCUAGAUAUGCCAGAGCUACUAUGGAAGGCAUAUAUUGAUUUCGAGGAAGAGGAGGGUGAGUAUGAGAAGACACGUGAUCUAUACGAGAGAUUGCUAGAGAAGACGGAUCAUGUCAAGGUCUGGAUUAGCUACGCGCAUUUCGAGAUCAACAUCCCAGAAGAAGAGGAGGAAGAAACAGGUGAGGAAGAGGAGCGACCUGUCAGCGAGGAGGCGAAAACUAGGGCUCGCAGUGUAUUUGAGCGCGCUCAUAAACGCAUGAAGGAGAAAGAGCUCAAGGAAGAGAGAGUUUCCCUGCUUAAUGCCUGGCUGGCCUUCGAGCGCACCCACGGCUCGGCAGAAGAUAUCGAGAAGGUCCAGAAGCAAAUGCCACGGAGAACCAAGCGUAGGCGCAAACUUGAAGACGACACGUAUGAGGAGUACAUCGACUACGUUUUCCCCGCGGAUGACGAGCAGAAGCAAGACCUGUCGAAAUUGUUGGCUAUGGCUCAAGCCUGGAAACAAGGUGGAGGAGCUGUCAGCUAAUCGGGCUUUUUACCUUUUGCACUCGAUAUGCUCAAUCAAGAUGCCAUAGAUGCGAGUGUAUGGUCCGACAUUGUACAUAAUAGGCUAUUUCACAUAAGCGAGGAAGCCAGUGUAAUAAAAUGAUCGAGGACAGGUCGGUUAUCAAAUUGUUCAGCCGAGAGUGUAUCGUCUCAGAAUGCCCUCACACCAUUUGCGUACUCGUUAAGCCCCGUUCC